ACUCUAGUUAUAGUGUAAUUGAGAAAAGAGAAAUCUCAUCAACCUUGCAGAUCCAACAACAAGCACUGUACGGUUUUUGAUUCAUUGAGAAUUCUUUCAGCGCUUUUGUCCUCAUCAAAUAUUCCCAUCUUCUUCAAGCAUCAAACACCAAUCACACACUCUCUCACUCUCUCUCUCUCUCUCUCUAUGCCUCCAUUCAUUCACCUCUCUACUCUUGAAACUCUUCUUCUUCUUCUUCCUAAACUUCACACCAAAUAACACCACCAUUGUUGAUUAAUUCUUCUGCAAUUUCUGACUCAACUGUGAGGCCUAAAGCUACUUAAUCACUGAACUUGAAGCUCCUCAUUCUGGGGCUUUUGGUUGCUCUUUUAUCUUUGGGCUAAGAUCAAACUUCUCUUCAAACCAAGACCUGUCUAAUCCAAGUUCAUUACAAACAGAAGGAGCCAAGGCUUCUUUAAGUGAUGAGAAAGAAAAGAGCGAUACUGAGACGAGAGAUUUUUCACUUGUUUGCAGCAAGAUGCCAUCUUCUCUAGCUCAAGUCCUAAUCCAUUACACAACCUCAGCCAUAACCCCACAACAAACUCUGAAAGAGAUAUUAGUGACAGCAAGAGUAUUUAAGAAGAGAUCACCAUGCAAUUUCUUAGUCUUUGGCUUAGGUCAUGACAGCCUCAUGUGGAGUUCUCUCAACUAUGGUGGCAGAACAGUCUUCCUUGAAGAAGAUGAGGCGUGGAUUGAGAAAAUUAAGCACAGGUUCCCCAAGUUAGAGCCCUACCAUGUGACCUAUGAUAGCAAGGUGAGUGAAGCAAAUAACCUCCUGGAGGUUGGAAGAGGAAGAGAGUGUAGAGAAGUUUGGGAUCCAAGAGAGUCCAAAUGCCAACUUGCAUUGAAAGGGUUGCCAAGUGAGGUUUAUCAGACACAAUGGGAUUUGAUAAUGGUGGAUGCACCCACAGGGUACCAUGAGGAUGCACCAGGGAGGAUGACUGCUAUAUAUACUGCUGGUCUGAUUGGUAGGUGCAGGGACAGUGGAGAGGCUCAUGUGUUUGUGUAUGAUGUCAAUAGGGAGGUGGAAGAUAAGUUCUCUAUGGAAUUUCUAUGUGAAAAUUACAUGACCCGGCAAGAAGGGAGAUUGAGACACUUCACUAUUCCUUCUCACAUGGAUGACUUGGAUAGACCAUUUUGUCCUCUUUAGAAUUUGCUUUCAAUGUUUUUUUUUAACUGAUUUUUCUAAAACUUAGAUUGUUUUUUAAUUAUAAAAGAAGAUAUAUAUGCAUGUAUAGGAGAAAAAUAACGAUAGGAGUAUAAAAGUGGAGAAUGUGUUUGGAGAAAGAAUACAUAAAAUAAUUGUGUUUAGA